UCCCCUGUGGCGGCUUUUCCACGAGACCCUCUUUAGCUGGACAGAGGGCAGUCAUGACAAGUCAUGAAUCACCAAAGUUCCCAUACACGAACCGGAGAAUUGAAACCUGAGGGAGAUUUGGUGGCGACUAUGAGAAGAUGAAGAGGCAAAACGUGCGGACACUCGCCUUAAUUAUCUGCACUUUGUCCUAUUUAUUAAUGGGAGCGGGAGUCUUCGACGCGCUGGAGUCAAAGCAGGAGAAGACCCAAAAGGGCAAACUCGACUAUCGAAAAUUUCAACUCAUGUAUAAAUAUAACCUUACAAGAUUGGACUUCGAUCAAAUCGAAAAGGUCGUUUUGCUUCUGAAACCUCACAAAGCCGGAGUCCAGUGGAAGUUCGCCGGGUCUUUUUACUUCGCCAUCACUGUAAUAACGACCAUAGGAUAUGGCCAUGCUGCUCCCAGUACGGAUGCUGGGAAAGCAUUCUGCAUGGGGUAUGCGCUUCUGGGCAUCCCCCUCACCCUGGUGAUGUUCCAGAGCCUGGGCGAACGCAUCAACACCUUCGUCCGCUUCCUGUUGCACAAAGCCAAAAAAUGCAUAGGCCUGCGGCGCACCGAAGUUUCAAUGGCCAACAUGGUGACCAUCGGAUUCUUCUCCUGCAUCAGCACCUUGUGCGUGGGAGCAUUCGCCUUCUCCCACUACGAAGGUUGGAGCUUUUUCCAUGCUUUCUACUACUGCUUCAUCACCCUGACCACCAUCGGUUUUGGGGACUACGUGGCCCUGCAAAAGGACGAUGCGCUCCAAAACGACCCUCAUUACGUGGCCUUUAGUUUUGUCUACAUCCUGAUGGGCCUCACAGUUAUCGGUGCUUUUCUUAAUCUAGUGGUGCUACGGUUCAUGACAAUGAACACGGAGGAUGAGAGAAGAGAUGCAGAGCAGAGGGCCCUCCUUUCCAAAGAUAAUCAGAAAGCCCCGCCUCUGCGCUGCACAGACCCUUCAACCCCCGUUGCCAGGGGCCAGGACAAAAGACGAGGGUUGAAGAGCGUCUACGCCGAGGUGCUUCACUUCCAGACAGUGUGCUCCUGUCUGUGGUACCGCAGCCGAGAGAAAAUGGUGAUCCUCCCGCAAGAUCUGUCCUUCACUGAUGCUCUAAUGGAGCAAGGAGAUGUGUCACCCCACGACUUCUUUGAAUCUGACCCCACAGGCUGCGUGUGUAACCCUCAGCGCUGCUCAACCAUUAGCACUGUGUCUGCUGAUCUGAAAAACAUCUCUCCAUUCAGGCUCUUCUCCAAGAGACGUAGGUCUGUCUGAAUCACCGCAGUUUCUUCUCAGGACUGUUGAUGUUUAAUGAAUUAUUUUUCAUGCAAAGAUGAUGGAGCAGCACACCCAAGGUUGAGAUUAAAUUUAGGAAAGAGUUUGAUGGGUGUUUUGCAUUUUUUAACCCUUUAGAUAUACUCACUCUUUGAUGAUUAUUAAUAUAUUAAACUUGACUUCUGCAUUAGAUAGUUCAAUGAUAUAUACAUAUACAGAUACAAUUCUUUGGUAAGACAAUUUUUUUACCUUGUUCAGGUGACAUGGUCAGCUCAUGAUCACGGCCAGUUUUUUGAAUUUUUGGACAAUUGGCAGCCAUUAAGUAUGUGACAUGCCAAGACAUAGUUGCCAGACUGUAUUCACUUCAUCACUGUAAUAAGUCCAUUGUAAUACAGUAUGCUGUGCGAGACUUUAGUAUGGCAAACAAAAUGAAACACGUACUAGAUAGCUGUUGAUCCAGAUGGCAUACCGACAUGACUCCUGCUUUCUGCCCAGCUCUAUACUGUACAACAUGUUAGGAAAUAAUCUAACCCUUGUAAAACCUUUUACAGUAUAAAAUCUGAUGGCGUCACGUGGCAUGAUAAAUAAUUCCAUUAGAUUGUCUGCAGAUUACCUUGUUUAUCAUAGGAAAGGGAACCAAUUGGUCUAAGCAACACUAAUGUACGCAGACCUCACAAAGACAACAUCUGGGCAUGAAAAUUGUAUUAAACUCUUGAAGUAUUUAAUUACACUUGAUGUUUAGCACUUAAAUGUCAGCUUUGAAGAUAAAGUUACAGUACGACCUUGGUCUGAACUGCAGCAGUUAUCGCAUACGGACCCUCCAAGUGCUCUCAGCAGUGAUCUGGACAUCGUGUCCUGUGUAUCCCCUAUGACUCAGAGAGGCCUUGCUGCUUAGGCUAUGUUUGGACCACACAGGACCGGGUGUCAUCUUCACGUCCCGCCAAGGAGAAAGCGCUCUGUGUCCAAGACUUUGCCUUCAGCUAUUAGACCUGCAUGACACAGUGACAGAAGGAAGUGCAUUACAACAAAUGCCUGCAUUUCUCUCCCAUGGUGGCAGCAUCUGUUGCUUUUCCUUCUUUAUUUUUGUUUCUAGUUUGGCAUCUAUAUCUAUGAGAAAGGUAAAAAUAUCUUUGGCCAGAAGGUCAAUGGGGGUAGGACAUAAUGUACAUUAAUGCUUCUAUUUAUGUGUUUACUAAGAAACCAGGGCAAAAAUAACUGUUUGCUGUUUGUAGAUUUAAAUUAUAAGGAUUGAUAAAAAUUAAGUGAGAUAAAUUUAAUAUGCAGUUUUACAUUAUACCUGUACUAUGAAAAGUAUUACAAAUGUAAAGCCAGCAAAUAAAAUAAAAGUGUUAUUAUCUUU